AUGGCUCAAGACCUUCCGACGCCCCAGAGCGACGGCUCUGCGGACGAAGAGAUUAUUGAGCGACAGUUGGAAAUUGAGCGGCUGUACCGGGAGCUUUCUCAGGAAUCUUACGCCGGCCUGGUUGCCGAGGCCGAGGACCCUCUACUACGACGUCUCCUCGCCCAGGAAGAAAGUCUCCGUCAGCAUAUUUUGCAGACACCGCAACAGCCGCGGGGACGACGGCAUUAUGACGACGGAUCUCAUCGAGAUGAUUCUUCAUUCCCCUAUUAUGCACCCCAGCCACAGCAAGGGCCGUAUUGGGAUCCUAUCGACGCAUCACCAUCCCCCCCUCACGUACCCAUACCAGAUCCGGGUCAUCUUACUUCUCCGUACGGGCAAUACCCUCCGCAAACGUCCUUCGUCAGCCAAUUCAUCCAGCAUGAUGCACCGGACUUAACGAAAACUACUAUUGCGGGAUACGAGAAAUUGGCCACCGAGUUGGCUGAAAGUACCGACGAGGCCAGGGAUGAGACAAAUCGGGGAAUAAAACCAGUGUACCGCAGAUUCGAAUAUCUUAAUCACCGGAUCUUGCUCCAUAUCCAAGAUGAGCUUGCGGAAAUGGAAGAAGAGUUGCGCUUGGUCGAUGAGUAUAUUGCUCAGACCACCGCCGUCGGUGAUGACGAGGACGCACAACCCGCUUCGCGUCGGCUCGAGAGGCGCUAUGGCGGAGAUCUCCACUCGAGACGAACAUUGCUGCUCGGCAAUAUCUACGUCAAGCUUGGACAGUACAGUGACGCCAUGUCCUCAUACGGCAAGAUGAUGAAAGUCCUCGAGCCUGCCAAGGCCGAGGAUAUUUCUCGAUACCAAGCCUGGCUCCACUUGCACGCGCCCAUCUCUGAAGCAGAAUCGCGCUUCCUGAAACGCGGGGCCGACCUGAUGGUGUUGCCACGGCGACAACAGCAACAGCUUCGAAUCUUCGGGGUGCAUGGACUCGACACGAUCCAGGCGGCUACGCUAGCGCUGCCGGUGUUUUUACUUUUGCCGCUGAUUGCAUACUCGAUAAUCCCGGGCUUUGGGGCGCGGAUGUUCGUGCUCGCGAUCCUGGGGAUAAGCGAGGCGACGAUGGUGGCAUCGACGCGGUUCUACCAGAUCAUGACGGUCCGGGAAUGGGGAGUCUGUGCCGCCGCGUAA